AUGAAGAAUAUCUUUCAUAACCCCUUUGCUUUCACACCUUUGCCUGUCACUAUCAUUACAUCACUUGUAUAUGUCGCAUUGAUUGUUUCUCUUCUCGUCGUCCAUCACACUGUACCAGAAGCGCCUGGAAACUUGGAUGGGACCAACCUCACAGAAGCCUGGCUGGAUCUCCAGACUCUUAGCAAUGGCUUUCAUCCCUUCAAUAGUCGCCGGAACGAUUACAUCCGCGAUUGGCUUCUCAGAAGGGUCACAGCCAUCGUAACAGAGAAUGGCGUUUCCUCGGCCUCAUACCCUUUGUCUGGCGGCACUCUUGAGGAUGUGCAUAAAUCCUCAGAAAGUGCUCCCGUUGUGAUUUUCUCUGAUAUUGUAUCCAAUGUGUCCUAUCACUUUGAUCUAAAGGGUAACGCCCCAGUCCCAAGUGUUUACAUUGAGGGGACAAACAUCAUUGUCUACAUACGGGGCUCGGAGGACGAUCCAGAUGACUGGUUCUUGACCGAUAAGAAGCCCAAGGGCAAAGGAGGCGUUCUCGUCAACGCCCACUAUGACAGCGUCUCCAUUGGCUUCGGUGCUACUGAUGAUGGUGUCGGUGUGGUCUCUAUCCUUCAACUCAUUAAUUAUUUUUCAUCGAAGGGGCAGCAACCCAAAAAAGGUAUCGUCGCCCUUUUGAACAACGGCGAAGAGGACUAUCUCAACGGAGCUCUGGCCUUUGGAGUCCAUCCUAUUUCAAAGUUUCCACACACUUUUCUCAAUCUCGAAGGUGCUGGUGCAGGUGGCCGCGCCACUUUGUUCCGGAGCACAGAUACGGAAGUUACUAGAUAUUACCAAAGUAGCAAGUAUCCGUUUGGUACCGUUGUAAGCGGGGAUGCUUUCAAGAGGGGCGUCAUUAGGAGUGAAACGGACUACAGCGUCUUCACCAAAGAAUAUGGAAUGCGCGGACUCGACGUUGCUUUUAUGGAGCCAAGGGCUCGGUAUCAUACUUCCCAAGAUGACACGAGACAUACCAGCAAGGCCUCAUUACACCACAUGCUCUCUGCCGCCUUGUCUACUAUGCAAGGAUUAACUUCCGAUACAAGCACGACCUUUGAGGGGAAGGAUCCCGAGAAAGGGAAAGUCGCAAGUGGCAAAGGAUCUACUGGCGUCUGGUUCGACCUCUUCGGUAGCGCAAUGGCGGUGUUCAGACUUCGGACGCUGUUCGCCCUGUCUGUCACACUAUUGGUCGUUGCCCCUGUGUUUCUGAUUAUCAUCGGGGCCAUUCUCUACAAGGUUGAUAAGCUCUACCUUUUCACUUCCUACAAACACCACCAUCAUGCUGAAGGCGAUGAUUCAGUCCCGACCAAAGGCUGGCGCGGCGUCUUCAGAUGGCCCAUUGCCUUCAUCUUUGCUACCGCGGCUGUCGUUGGGUUGGCCUUUCUUGUCUCGGAUAUUAACCCGUACAUCCUGUAUAGCAGUCAGUACUCAGUCUGGAGCAUGAUGAUCUCUGCGUGGGUAUCUGUUGCAUGGUUUUGCACCCGGAGUGCAGACUACCUCAGACCCACAGCAUUUCAAAGAGCCUACAACCUCAUUUGGGCCUUCAUAGCAGGAUGGCUUAUCCUGAUCGUAACCACCGUCUUCGAGAGGAACCCCAAACUUGCUGGUGGUUAUCUGAUGGUUUUCUACUUCGCUUGCAUCUUCUUAGCAACGACAACAGCCUUCCUCGAGCAGUUUAGCCUUCCUCGGAAAUCUGCAUAUGCCGAUGAGAUCGAGGGUACAGUGCCAGCAGAGCACCCUAUCGAAAGGUCUAGACCCGGAAGUAUUUCAAGUGCAAGGCUCAUGGCUCCUUCCGAAGAGGAAGAUGCACCGGACAACAUCCCGGAAGCUGGCGAAGGUAAUGAUGACCCAACUGAGACUACGUCUCUCCUGCGCGGUGGAGGGUCAAGAACCUUCAAAAAAAGCCUUACCUCACUUCAGCGCCCCGCGGCCGAAGACGACGACUCACCUAAAGCCAAACAUCAGCGCCAAAUCUACGGCCUUGAACAGCCCUGGUCUCAUGCCCUUCCUUCAAGCCUCUGGCUCCUCGAAUUCCUUUUCCUCGCCCCUUUUCCCCUUAUCAUUCUUGGGCAAGUCUCUUUGCUCGCCACCACUGCAACCAACCAGACCCUCGCAGACGGAAAUUCGCCUCUCUUCCUCUACAUUGGUAUUGCCAUCCUCAGCAUCCUGCUCUUUGCACCUUUGGGCCCUUUCCUUCAUCGUUACACCUAUCACAUACCUGUAUUCCUCAUGCUAGUCUUCGCUGGGACAACGAUCUACAACCUAAUGGCCUUCCCAUUUUCCGCCAACAACCGCUUGAAACUCUAUUUUGUUCAAGAGGUCGAUCUAGACUCUGGUAUCAACACAGUCUCCCUGACCGGCAUCGACCCAAAAACGGGGCCAUUCCUCACAGAUGCCAUAGCGUCCUUACCCAGCUCUGCAGGCCAAACACCGUCCUGUACGCCGAGUAAGCGCCGGCGCAACCUCACAGAAUGCAGCUGGCACGGUCUGCCUCCACGAGUCGUACCCAACACUCACCCAGACGUGCCUCCAGAAAUCGGAUAUGUGGAUUGGCUUACCUUCAACGCUAGUCGCCCUCCAGACGGGGCUACUUCAGCGCGCUUUCAGGUCUCUGGCCUGGAGACAAGAGCUUGCAAGAUUGUCUUUAACCGCCCGAUAUCUGACUUCACCGUCGCUGGCGCUGGUGAGCAUCCUCGAUUUCGGAAAGUUUCCGAGCACGGAGCUACAGAAUUGCGAUGGUGGAGUCGUACAUGGGAGAAAGAUUUUGAUGUCACUGUGCGCUGGGAUGCUGGUGAUGGAGAGGAAGGCGAUGGCUUGGAUGGCAGAGUGGUCUGUCUAUGGUGUGACGCCAAUGAGUCUGGUGUCAUACCAGCGUUGGACGAAGCAAGAAGGUUCGCACCGACCUGGGUGGCGAUUUCCAAUGCUGGACAGGGGCUGGUGGAGGGGAGCAAGGCUUUCUUAGUUUGA